GAGGAGGAAAAAAACAAGAACUCAAACUCAAUCAUUCAUUCAUUCAUUCCCACGCCCCUCCUCCCCCUCCAAAACCUCGCGGCUCUUCGAUCCCGAGGCCGCCUCGAGAAUUUCCCCAAGAAAAGAUCUCACAUCGAAGAAGGGAAAGUUCCACCUUCUCGUAGGGAAUGCAUAGAGAUGAUGGUAGUAGCCCGCCGCCCUUCUUCCCCAGCAAAGCCUGAGUCGUGUUGGCGAGCCAACUCGCGCAUCGGCGGCCGGACCUGCCACCGCAAGCACGUCGAGGACGGGUGAUCCUACGGUUUCGCCUCCGACCUCGGCCGCCCAGUUUUACUUUGUGUAAUCUUCUUCUCUUUUUCAAAAUAUCUUGGCCGCGGGUCGAAGAAAGGACCCGGAGUUCGGGAACUGACGUGGGUCUUUCGAAGUUCUUGCAAUCGAGUUCCGGUUCUUGCCGUCGGCGAGUGACGUCGGGAGAAGAAAGAAGACCGGAGGAUGACGAAGAGGGGGGAGGACGGGAGCUCGUCGAUCCUUCACGGGAAGUACGAGCUGGGCCGCCUCCUCGGGCACGGGACCUUCGCGAAGGUGUACCACGCGCGGGAGCUGCAGAGCGGCGGGAGCGUGGCGAUGAAGGUCGUCGGGAAGGAGAAGGUGGUGAAGGUGGGGAUGACGGAGCAGAUCAAGCGCGAGAUCGCCGUCAUGAAGAUGGUGAAGCACCCCCACAUCGUGGAACUCCACGAGGUCAUGGCGAGCAAGUCCAAGAUCUACUUCGCCAUGGAGCUCGUCCGCGGCGGCGAGCUCUUCGCCAAGAUCUCCAAGGGGCGGCUCCGGGAGGACGUCGCCCGGGCCUACUUCCAGCAGCUGAUCUCGGCGGUGGAUUUCUGCCACAGCCGCGGGGUGUACCACCGGGAUCUGAAGCCGGAGAAUCUGCUGGUGGAUGAAAACGGUAAUCUGAAAGUGACCGACUUCGGGCUGAGCGCCUUCGCAGAGCACCUGAGGCAGGACGGCCUCCUGCACACCACGUGCGGGACGCCGGCGUACGUCGCCCCCGAGGUGAUCGGAAAGAAGGGGUACGACGGCUCCAAGGCGGACCUGUGGUCGUGCGGCGUGAUCCUAUACGUCCUCCUGGCCGGGUUCUUGCCCUUCCAGGACGACAACAUCAUGGUCAUGUACCGGAAGAUCUACCGGGGCGAUUUCAAGUGCCCGCCCUGGUUCUCGCCGGAGGCCCGGCGGCUCGUGACCAAGCUCCUAGACCCGAACCCGAACACCCGAAUCCCGACUUCCAAGGUCAUGGACAGCUCUUGGUUCAAGAAGUCGGUCCCCACCACCCUGGUCCCCAAGGAGGACCUGGAAUUCGACGAGGAGAAGGCGGCGAAGGUGCGGCCGCCGGCGACGAUGAACGCGUUCCACAUCAUCUCCCUCUCCGAGGGGUUCGACCUGUCGCCGCUCUUCGAGGAGAAGAAGCGGGAGGAGAAGGAGGAGCUGCGGUUCGCGACCACGAGGCCGGCGAGCAGCAUCAUAUCGAGGAUCGAGCAGGCCGCGAAGGCAGCCGGGAAAUUCAGCAUCAAGAAGACCGAGUCGAGGGUGAAGCUGCAGGGGGAGGAGGCCGGGAGGAAAGGGAAGCUGUCGAUCGAGGCGGAGAUAUUCGCGGUGGCGCCGUCGGUGCUGAUGGUGGAGGUGAAGAAGGACCGCGGGGACACGCUGGAGUACAACCAGUUCUGCCGGAAGGAGCUGAGACCGGCGCUCAAGGACAUCGUCUGGACAUCGCCGGACGGCGAUGAUUCGUUGCCUGCUUAAGAGAGAGAGCGGGGCUGUACAUGUAGAUCGGAUUAUUAUGUUGGAAUAGUUGUCAGCCGAGGAGCAGCAGAUCGCCGGUCUGUGCUCUGCUGGUAAAUUCAGUGGUUGGUUUGUAUGUUCUCCAAGUUUUUUUUUUUUUUUUCGGUUGUGAAUAUGUUCCAAGUGAGACGUGCUCUGUCUCAAGUAAAAAGCAAAUCUUCGAUUCUAAAAGCUCAAA